CGAACGGAGAUCACGGGCGGAAGUAGCGGAAACAGCAGCAGCUAGGCGGAAGUACCGGUGUGUUUUUGUGUGACUGAACGAAACAGCGCGGGUUCUCUUCUUAAAAUUCUUACCACGUGUGUCCAGCUCACGGUACCGAGACUCAACGGAACUCCGGAACGAGUCGUGGCCCGUUAUGGCGGCCGGAAGCACGGCUCCUCCGCAGCUCGGAGACGUAGAAGAAGAUGCGUCACAACUGUUGUUUCCCAAAGAGUUCGAGAACGCUGAGACCCUGCUGAACUCCGAGGUCCACAUGCUGCUGGAACACAGGAAGCAGCAGAACGAGAGCGCCGAGGAUGAGCAGGAGCUGUCCGAGGUCUUCAUGAAGACCCUCAACUACACGGCCCGCUUCAGCCGCUUCAAGAACCGGGAGACCAUUACUGCCGUGCGCAGUCUCCUGCUGCAGAAGAAGCUGCACAAGUUUGAGUUGGCUAGUCUGGCCAAUCUGUGUCCUGAAGCUGCAGAGGAGGCCAAAGCCCUGAUCCCCAGUGUGGAGGGUCGGUUUGAGGACGAGGAGCUGCAGCAAAUCCUGGACGACAUCCAGACAAAGAGGAGCUUCCAGUACUAAGACCAGAACCGACCCGCCGUGCUCUGCGAUAAUUUCUGCCCUUUUUUUGUUUUUGUUUGUUUGUUUCAUGUUGGUUUUUACUCCUUCAAGUUCCUGACACCAAUCCAUACUAGAUGGACAGAAGAGCUGGAUGAAACCAACAGAGGAACAUCUGCUUCCAUGUUGUUUCCUGUUGGACCAGGUUCUGUCCCGUCAGCGCCUUGUCACACAUUGACGCAGUACACUGCAGCACCCGUCUCCUCUGGCUCUUGUAUUACUUCAGGCAAAACCCCAGCAGAUGUCCUCACCAUCUGCAUCGUGUUCCUGGUAAACAGGAGCUUCUCGUAGUUCAUCAGCUGCCUCCAGAACCCGGCGUUGGGUCGGAUGAAUGGCCGGCUCUCCAGAACCAGUUUGUAAGCCUGACGCAGGCUGAGACCGGUACCCCUAAAGAGACACAUACCAGAACCAUCAGACAAGUGUUAACCUGAGUGAGUCCCAGACAAACAGAACCAAACAUAGCUGCACGGCACCCCCUGAGACCCCAGAGCAAACUUGGUGCUUCAGCUUGUCUUGUCUGGAUUUCUAUUGCCCUGAAAAUAGGAUGAAAGUAUCCAGUGGUUCACGAUUAGCUUCCAAAGUAAAAAAAAAACACCUUUCAUCACACCUUCACAGUUUAGAGUGACACUGCACAUCCAGGACCCUUAUUUUGAUUGAUGUAGAGAUCGCAUAAGGAGUUUAAUCUUAGCCUUUGUGUUUUUUAUGACAUUGAGCCAGCACAGCUAAUGCAGUGGUGCAGAUUGAUCUAUGUUGUAUUUUGUUGUGCAAAACAGAAAAAUAAAACCAGUGAGGUGGGUGUGAGUUAAA